AGUGGCCCCACAACACACUGUAUAAUCACAGCUGUUCAGGACAGGAGUGGAGUGCACACCUGACAGAGAUUGUUCCUGAGUACAGGGCUAAGAGGAGUUACAGGAUGGACGGCAGUGGUAGUGGAUGUACUGGAGGUCUGCUGCCCUCUGCAGGCGAGGUCACAACUGAAGCGCACUCAGUCUUCGAGGUGGCCGUCCAGAAAGGCUCGGCCAACCACAGUUCCCUGUUCGCAGACGUGGCUCUGCUGCAGAGCUUCAAGCCACUCAUCAUCCCCUGCUACGCCCUGGUGGUGGUGGUGGGGGUGUUUGGCAACUACCUGCUGCUCUACGUCAUCUGCCGCAACCGCAAGAUGCACAACGUCACCAACUUCUUCAUAGGGAACCUGGCCUUCUCGGACAUGCUGAUGUGUGCGACCUGCGUGCCUUUCACCCUGGCCUACGCCUUCAACCCCCGCGGCUGGGUGUUUGGGAGGUUCAUGUGUUACCUGGUGUUCUUGAUCCAGCCAGUCACAGUCUACGUGUCUGUGUUCACCCUCACAGCCAUCGCUGUUGACAGGUACUACGCCACCGUUCAUCCUCUGAAGAAACGUACCUCCGUGUCCACCUGUGCCUACGUCCUGUCGGGCAUCUGGCUGCUCUCCUGUGGCCUGGUGGCUCCGGCCGUGGCCCACACGUAUCACGUGGAGUUCAGGGACGAGGGCCUCACCAUCUGCGAGGAGUUCUGGCUGGGCCAGGAGAAGAUGAGGUUGGUGUACGCCUACAGCACCCUGCUGGUCACCUACGUCCUGCCCCUUUCCGCCGUCUGCGUCUCCUACCUCUGCAUCUCCGUGAAGCUGCGGAACUGCGUGGCGCCGGGGCAUCGGACCCGCGACCAGGCCGAGGCCCAGCGGGCCCGGAAGAGAAAGAUCUUCCGCCUGGUGGCGCUGGUAGUGGCGGCGUUUGCAGUGUGCUGGCUGCCCAUCCAUGUGUUCAACGUCCUACGCGACAUUGACAUCCGCCUCAUCAACAAGCGCCACUUCCUGCUCAUUCAGCUUCUCUGCCAUCUGUGCGCCAUGAGUUCCUCAUGCUGCAACCCCUUCCUUUAUGCCUGGCUCCACGACCGCUUUCGCGCAGAGCUGCGCAAGAUGUUCGCCUGCCAGCGUCGCAUCGGCAUACCCGCCAACCACUGCGUCAUGGCCAGUGUGGUACUGUGACUGUGCGCCGGGACGAGGACACAGAAGAACCUCAUCGUUAACGAAUGAGUCAGGUGAAUAUAAAUUGGGUGAUUGACUGUAGAGAAUAGAUCAUUGAGCAAAUUACAUGAGAAGCAGAAGAUAAAUGGAGUAUGAGAGCAGUGUGUAUAUCUGUGAGAGGAGGAAAUGGGGGAGGCAGAACGAACACCAAACAGUUAGAUACAGACACAGUUAUUCAUAUAGUCAGUGUAGAAUUUGGACCCACAAAACACUGUCGAUGUUCAUGUCAGUGGCUUCGUGGUAAUUCCAUGUAAUUUAAGAAAUCAUCAAAGCCCGUUUCCUGAGUGAUCAUCUGCCAUUCAUCCAGAGGAACAGAUGUCUGCUGAUGGGCUGUAUUCACUGACAGGCAGCCCUAGAGUGGGGAGCAUUGCUGGUACAGGGAGGGAGAAGCAUCAGUCAGACACGCCCGGAGCCUCUUCAUCGGGUAGCUCCACCGUACCAUCCCCUUCCUCCGGGCCGUGGAGCACUACAGUGGAGUAGCGCCCACACGGGCUUUGUUUCCACAGCGAUAAGCCACGCUCAGCGCCUUCAAGACCGCCACACCGUCUGUAGUAGGCGGUUCAGCCAACCUGCGAGACACGCUGCGUCCUCUCAGACCUCUGCAUGCCAUCACACUCGCCCACAUUCCAGUAAACCCGGGUCGGUGGAACAAAGGAGUGCUCUGUGUCCACUCAGUUUCUCAGUGCUAUGCUAAUCAAUGCAAUUCCCUGGACUGGUAUUUGGCAGUGGAUGACAGAACGGUGAAUAUACAUGCUUAAUAAAACCAUAGGUGGGUUUUGUUGCCCGGUGGUAAAGGCCCUUUUGAUUGUAGUCUUCUCUUACCCUGCUUUGUUUCUGUGGAACAUUACCAUCCCUGCAUUAGUGAUGGCAUUUGCUUUCAUUUGGAAGUGUGCUGAGCUGUUGAUUCUAGUUGCUUUUUAAAAACCUCACCACUUUCAAUAAAUGUUGCUAAAUGUCAUUGGACUGGUUUUGGGGAAAAAAUCUUAAGAAUUAGUCAAAGACGAAAGAAACAUCUCAAUGGAGAUUCUAACUUUGUUGGAGUUCAUUCCCUUUGUAAUAAAUAGUGAUUGUGGACCUUGGUCAUGCAUUGUCUGUUCUUAAGUGAUUAUAUGUACAACUCUGAAUAAAGAAAUGCUUGGCCAGUUUUUGAUUGAUUGCCUGUUGGAAAAGCUAAUAAGCAUAACGUAUAAAAACAAAUGUAAUUAAAGACAUUACUAAACAGCUCCACCAAACAAUAUUUACACAGUACUAAAAACUAAACAUUUAUUGUAAACAGUGAGCAGUGACUGUUCACAAAUCCCAUCUGAGGUUGCUGUGGUUACCUAGGGUUGCUAUGGGGUGGUU